UGUUACCUUAUAAAAUUCGACUUGUAUACUAAAAAUACGUGUAAAUUACAUGUCAGCGGUAUUAUUAGUUUUAUUUUUUAUUGUCUACAAUUGCCGGAUUUUAAUAAAUCUCAGAAAAAGUUAAUAAAUUAUAAAUAAAUUUAAUAAUUAAGUAAAAAUUAUGUUUAAAAUUAAAUUAUGCAUAAUAGCAGCAUUACUGCUUUGUUCUUGUACGUUGGCUGAUAAAAAGGCAAAAAAAUAUUCCCGAGAAGCAAAUGACCCGCAUUUUGAACAAGUGAAAUCUGAGACUUAUGAUCCCGACUUCCGGACUUUACAAAGACCAUUUCGAAUGGCUAAAUUAAAUUUAGUAUGGGCUAAAGCACAAAAUAGAUUGACCGAACCCAAAUUGAAAUCCUUGUAUAUGGAACUUAAAAUACAAGACAAAGAAGAAAUUACUUGGAAACAAUUGAAUUCUCAACAUAAAGAUAAAGAUGGUCUUAAAGAAAAUGAGCUGAGGCGUAAAUUGAUUGGUAUAAUGAGUUCCUAUGAUCUAUUAGAACAUUUUGAGGAGACAGAGGACAAAGAUAAAGUGAAACCAUAUAAAAAAUUCCAUGAUCCCGAGGAACGUCACAUCAACAAGAGCCUGUUUAAAGAUAAGAAAUUGAACAAGCUAUGGGAAAAGGCAGAAGUUUCCGGUUUUACUGCAGAAGAGUUGAAUUCUUUAAAACAAGAAUUUGAACAUCAUCAAGACAAGGUCGAUGUUUACUACAGUUUAUUGGAAAACUUGGGAACGCAAGUGGAUGUCAAUAAACACGAAAAUGCCAUUAAUGAAGAUGAAUUGGAAAAUUUUAACAUGAUACCCAGUGAUCCCAAUGAUAAUGAAAUAGAUACCCCCACCGCUAGUGCCAAGAAAUAUGAAAAUCACAUUAAUGAGGUGCGUGAACAUCAUCGCGGUCUUAAAGAUCACUAUGAUCGCCUGGAGCGUUUAGUAUCUGCCGGUCCUCACAGUCAAGAUUUCAUAGAACCUAAGGUACAGGGUUUAUGGCGUGUGGCCCAGGCUAGUAAUUUUACCGAUAAUGAAUUAUCCUCCAUUAAAAGUGAACUUCAUCAUUUUGAAUCGCGUCUGUUAAAGUUGCGUCACUUACAUGCUGAGCAUGCUUUACAAAAGGAAAAAUAUAAAAAUGAAAAACACAAAGACAAAUCAAAUCGUUUUGAAGAUAUGGAAGAUACAAUUAAGAAACAAUCGCGUAAAGUUGAAAAAAUUCAAGAAAACAUUGAGAAAACUAUAUUUAAACAUACUGAACUCUGAACUAUUUCAUGAUUUUAUUAGUUUUCUGUUUGAUACUGAUAAGCAACGCGCAGCUGAGCUCAAAUAUGUUUGUAAAAGAAGCCAAAUUCGAAUAAAACGAUAAGUAGUUUUAAGUUUUGUGUCUGUAUGAAAUGAAAAAUAAAGCAUUUUUUGUAAAACAAUAUUUUUGAUAAUUAAAGAACAAAUA